AGUUUUUUUUUUUUUUUUAUUGUUCCUUUUGUUUUCUUUUGAUCCUUCAAAUUCUCUCCUGGCUCUCGCUCUAUUUCUCAACCAUUUUGUCUCAAAUGUUUUAAUAGGUUUGGAUUCGUUGGAUGAGGUGAAACAAAGCAAAAGCUGAAUUUGGGAGAGUCAAUCGAAAAGAUCGGUGUUAUUUGAAAGAAUUUAAUUUGAAGAGAGUGUAAUAAGUAAACUAAUUUGAAAAUGGAGUCAUCAACGUCGUCGAAUCAAACGGAGUUCGAUUACUUGUUCAAGUUGCUGAUGAUAGGAGAUUCAGGAGUUGGAAAAAGUAGUCUUCUUUUAAGUUUCACCUCUGAUUCCUUUGAGGAACUCUCUCCCACUAUUGGUGUUGAUUUUAAGGUAAAAUAUGUGAAUGCUGGGGGUAAGAAGCUGAAACUUGCAAUCUGGGAUACAGCUGGGCAGGAAAGAUUCAGAACAUUGACAAGUUCUUACUACAGAGGGGCACAAGGGGUCAUUUUGGUUUAUGAUGUAACACGGAGGGACACAUUUACAAAUCUUUCUGAAGUCUGGACCAAGGAAAUCGAACUCUACUCAACAAAUCAAGACUGCAUCAAGAUGCUUGUUGGAAACAAAGUUGACAAGGAAAGUGAGAGGGUUGUGACAAAGAAGGAGGGAAUAAACUUUGCUAGAGAAUAUGGUUGCCUUUUCAUUGAAUGCAGCGCUAAAACGCGUAUUAAUGUACAACAAUGCUUUGAAGAGCUUGUUUUGAAGAUUCUAGAUACUCCUAGCCUUUUAGCUGAGGGCUCCAAAGGUGUCAAAAAGAACAUAUUUAAACAGAAGCCGCCUCAACCAGAUGCAUCCACAAGCAGUUGUUGCUGAUAUUAUGAUUCUUUAAUUUACACUCCCGAAUCUCUAACCUGAGUGAGGUGGUUCUCCCAGUUCUGACUCACAAUUAUUUACGGUCCAUGUAAUCUCUUUGAUAUGAAACAUACCGUCCAUGUAAUAUAGCAUUGUUUGAGAAUCCUGUUUACUUUCCCGGUCAUCUUGGGUAGAAGUCUGCCUUAUCUGGUCAUUGUUAACUUCGAACUUUUGAAUUCAAUAUGUGAUGCAAUUUACAGUGAUGGAUUAUGUUAUUUUGGUUGA